AAGAAUGGGGUUCUUCCACUUCAUUCCCAAAUCCCACGCAAGGUAGAAGAAGACGACAAUGGCGUUUUCCCACAGAGAAUUAGACAUGCAUAACCGAAAUUCGGCUUUCACUGUUACAAAUUCUACAGGGAGAUUAAAGCAGCGGAGAAAUCGAUAGCUAUCCAUUUCGGUUUCGCCAUACCAACCCAAUUUAAAGCUCCAAACGCCUUCUGUUUAUGGGGAACGCCCAUGGCCACCGCAAACAUUGUAACCAUGGCGUAAUUACCUCUCCACCCACUAACGCUCACUCUCCUUUCCAUAAAUAUCCCCAAUCCGCCCGCGAUUCUCAAACUUCGAGCUCCACGCCCAAUAUGGAGUCCUUGCCCUACGCCCACGUUGAAAAAUCUCUCUACAUUGUACGUAACACUUCUAUUGGUUCUGCCUUUCAGUUCAUUGGGGAGUCCUUGAAUCUGUAUUUUGUGUUUAUUGUAGAUGAUGGUCCAGGAUCGCUCAGGUUCGGGUGUCGUAAGAAAGAGCCCCUUUGGAUUAUCUUUGAAGUUUCGGGCACAAUUCACUUGUCUACAUAUCUGAGUGUGUCAUCUUAUAAGACCAUAGAUGGCCGGGGCCAAAGGAUAAAACUUACGGGGAAGGGGUUGAGGUUGAAGGAGUGUGAGCAUGUGAUUGUUUGCAAUUUGGAGUUUGAAGGUGGUAGAGGUCAUGAUGUGGACGGAAUUCAAAUUAAACCUAAUUCAAAGCACAUAUGGAUAGACCGUUGCAGCCUCCGAGACUAUGAUGAUGGGUUGAUCGAUAUCACCCGGGGAAGCACAGAUAUCACUAUUUCUAGGUGUUACUUCGCACAGCAUGACAAGACAAUGCUCAUAGGCGCAGAUCCCUCUCAUGUUGGCGACCGAUGUAUCCGUGUCACCAUUCACCACUGUUUUUUUGACGGUACACGACAACGGCAUCCACGAGUUAGAUUUGCUCAAGUACAUCUAUACAAUAACUACACCAGAAACUGGGGAAUCUAUGCUGUCUGUGCUAGUGUAGAAUCACAGAUAUUCUCUCAGUUCAACAUAUACGAAGCAGGACAGAAAAAGUUGGCGUUUAAAUAUCUAACUGAAAAGGCAGCAGACAAGGAAGAGCCCUCAAGUGGAUGCAUAUGGUCUGAUGGAGACUUGUUUGUAAGUGGCACUCAAAGUGGGCUGUUGGCUGCAACUGCUGCCCACAGCUUGUUCCAUCCCUCACAACAUUACACUGCUUGGACUGUGGAACCUCCCUCAGAUUCUCUGAAACAGAUUCUCCAACACUGUACUGGAUGCCAAAACAUCCCAAGGCCGGCAGAUCAGCCACUGGUACCUUAGAACAUUGUCGAAUUCGUUUAAAUAUAGUGGUUUUGGUCCCCGAACUUUUAUCGAUUUUUUGCAUUUUUGGUCCCGGAGCUACAGUUUGAUUUUGGUUGGUCCUUUGAAGUUUGAAGAUCUCAAUUUUAGUCCCGAACUUUUGUUGAAAAAUAUUUGGUUUCUUAUCGGUAAGGAUAAAAUCUUGUCCUCACCACCAUUAAAAAAUUGACAACUCGUUAUUUAAAAAAAAAAAAAAAUUUGCUUUUGUUUUUCUUGGCGGUGAGGACAAGAUUGCUUCUUACCGUUAAGGAGCAAGUAUUUUUUACUUUUGUUUUUAUUUCAAAACCUGCAUUUUUAGUCCGUGUAAAAGUGUCAUGUUUGAUUAUUUUUAUUGAAGAUGUGAGGUAAAGAGUAACUGUUAUGAGUGUUAUAGCUUUUGUGUUAGGGACUAAAUGUGGAAAUCUAGUAAAAGUUGAGGGGUGAAUUGAGAUUUUAAUUGUACAAGGGCUAAAAUAAAAAGUGGAUAAUAGUUCAAUGACCAAAAUUUAAAGUCUAAAAGUUCGGGGAUCAAAAUGAAAAAUAGAUGAAAGUUUGCGGAUCAAAACCACCUGAUAGUAUGUAUAAAGUAUGUAUAGUAAUAAUAAGGGUGUUUUAACAGCCAAUGUUGUAUUGUAAGUUUACAAACUUGUCAUAUGUCAAUGUGUCAUUUUUUUAUUUUUGAGUUUACAUCAGUCGAAGAUAUAUGUUGUAAUUUUCUAUAACCAAUUGAUCUAUGUUUAGGUUA